AUGCUCGUCUUGUGCAUGCUACUGGUAGUCCCGCAGUUCCAGCUCUCCGAAAACUUCAGUCACAGACAGACCAACGCUCAAUAUGCCAUGGAUAUUCUGGUUAUGAAGAUGCAGAUCAUGUUGCUGAUUUUUGUUUCUUUUGAGUGAUUGCAUCUGCGUGAUGGAGAAAUAUGCGUUAGACAGUAGAAGAUGCAGUCGAAGUCGGUAGAGAAAUCUCCCGCACAUUGCGGAACAAUAGAUUCAAGUCGUCAGCGACAGGAGUAAAAAGAGUUGAUGGCGAAGUGUAUCGCUUCUGUUUGGAAAUUUUUUAGACGUUGCAUAACCUCUAUCCAGAAUAACCCUUUGCAAAUGUGUAGCAUACAUGCAACAAUACGACAUUCGUCAUUCAGCCUCUAACCUAAAUGAAUUCCUCAAGGAGUACCAGACCGCACAACGUGAUACGCAAUUGUCAGCAGUUAUACGGAAAGAUUAAGGCUACCGCUGAAGCAUCCUCAGCAGUCUCAUCCGAUCCUCAGCCUCUUUCUCAGAGAGAUAACUCUUGGGCAACAGUAUCAUCCCUAGCCUCUUUCUCAGGACCAUAACUUCCAAAGGCUUCAGCACGGAUAAAUAAGGGCUUCAGGAGCACGGCAGUCUGCACUGAAGAAAACUGUGCGAGACUCUAAAUUGUAUGAAAUACAAUAGUGCACUGAAUAAUAUUGAUGUAUUGCAGUAUUUUGCGAAGCGAGAGCGCUAAAAAGAGCACAAGAGACAAUACGAGAAGCAACUUUUGAAGGCUAUCUACGAAAGCAAUCCGAAUUAUGAAGAAGCCUACUGCGAUGAUCACGAAAUCACCUGCGCGGAUUCUCAGUACUUAUAGAGUUUUAUUAUAGUCAGUGUACUGAGGUUCACGGUUAAAGGUCCGCGGCUCUACGGCCAUGCCGUGUAGUCCGGGACGAAACUGACCAUAUCCAUAACCAUAUAUUUUUGUGGUGGAGCCAACCUACCUGGGAAAGAUAGAAAAAGGUCGAGGCAUAUAAAUUAGGGCUAACAAAAAUUAUCGUGUACUGACCAUAUAGAAUUAUUUAGUGUACUUAGAAUUAUACUGUCAGGGGAUUUGCAUCUCCAAGCUGGGCUAUUAUGGGAGUCUGCCUUGAAGUCGGCUGCCAUUCGGUAUUUCCCAGGCAGGUGUGCUGACUUGCUCAUGGGGCCCCGCUGCGUCGGGUUGCGCCUUAGGUUUUCUACAGGGGCCGAGUGUACGGCUCCUCCGAUAUUCGUAGAUUUGUGGCCGAUUGUACGGUCUUAUGCGCCCCCAGUAUGUAUUUUGGAUGAUUUUAUAUAGGUUAAAUAAUUGGUGGCAGGGGUGGUGGCAUAUAGUCCUAACGCAAAAAAAAAAAACUACGGUGCUCAAGAAUGAUCCUAACAGGGACACACACAUGACAUGACCAGUACCAAUAGGCUAGUAGAACUCUAUGGGACACAAUUCGAAACUACUCUAGUGCUCAAUUUUUUGGAUUAUGUCCUAAACAACAUUGAUGUUUCUAGCAUCUUCAUGGUCUUGAUGGAUCAACCCUUAUGCGAUCAUCACUACCAUCCUCCUACUUCGUAUUUGUAUCAUGGACCCGCAACGCUUCGUAUUUGUAUCAUGGAUUCCUUCCGCCCCAGACCCAAGUACAUACUUUCCAUCCAAAGCAUUUUACUACAAAAGGUUUGCCGAGAUUUUGUUCAUCGGUUAUCUGUCGGAGGGCGGUUGGGAUAUGCGAGAUAAAUUGCAUAUCACGGAGCUUCCCAAGAGCUCCUGGGAUGCGGAUCAUAAUCGCUAUGACCUGGCGUUCGAGGUCGGCUUUGCUGGUGGGGACCUGCCAACCACAGUAAAAACAAGACUCAGCGAGGAAUGGCGACAAGAGUAUAUUUAGAUUCGGUAGAAUUUGCAUUACUAAGCGGAGAAUGGAGACAUCGACCAGAGUUGUAUAUUGAGAUAAGUAGUUGAUUAUAUUGUCCAUCAGAAUCUGUGAUUAAUAAUUAGAAGUAAAAGGAGACCGUCCUCCAGCUCCAGACCUUUUUCUUCAACUUCAUCGAUCGUUCUUGUACUACUUCAUUAGGUGUAGCGACGACGCAAUUGAGAAGAAGAUAAUAGGGGUACCAUUACGCAUCGAUAUCCUGUGUCCACCAAGGAAACUCCGCUUCAACGAGAUUGACACCAAACUCGCUUGGGCGGGUAAAUUUCUAAAUCCUCCUGCUCCUGUGCUACUGCUAUAAAUUUAAUAUACAUUUUCACUUACUGUACUAAUUAAAGAACUUAUACCCCGUGAGUGGGUACAUCUAUCUAUCAUGCAAGUAACAGGUUUCGACCGUUAUACUGGCGAUGUGAGGAACGAUUCCUUGAUAGCGUACUAUGACCUGCGAAGAUUGGUGCACUUUGAAAGCGUCAUGAGCAUGUUUCAGACUCUCUUCGUCUUACGGUUUUCUUCUGAAAAUCCAUCUAAGAAGGCAUGAAAUCUCUUCAACGUAGAUGCGCUUCAUCAAGAUGCAUUGCGACUGCUUUUUGAUGAUGGAUUUUUCAUCGAGGGUGGCCUUCUAAUUGUCUGCAUAGUCCUCGGUCUCACGGCGACUUUUUUCAACAAGGACUCGAAAGAGCUGGUAUUGGAGCCAAUAGAGUAUGGCACGAAGACAUGUCGGAAGAUUUUCAUUCUUUUCAAUGACAAUAGUACUAGUAGAUGUACUUCUACGUACUACCUUAUUAUAAGAGGAAAAGGUCUCGACAUCAGUUUGUUCUUCGCACAGUCGUAUUCGUCACAAAGCAGGAAGUAGAAGUUGUUGUUGAUUUAUUCUAACAGGUUCGCACAUUCACUUAUCACGAAGCGGGCUGUUGAUCUGUCUAUAGUACAUCCACUUUCCCCACAAAAUCAAAGCCAACACUCUAACUCACACGUAUGAUAGCGAAAAUGCAUCGUAUCCGUGACAAUCCGCUUGUGGCUAUGCGACUGGGGGAUGAGGAAUUUCAUCAACAGCAGAUUGCCUUAAAACGCGACCUCGAAAUGCAGGAAGUGUCCCUUUCUACAGGCUACUUCUCGUGGUGGCGGAAGUACUCCUAGUUUUUCGUGGUUCAAACGCAAGCAUGAUUUUGCUCAUUUCUAGUGGCGGAUAGAGUGCUCGUCCUCUUUUUGACCAUUUAUGCGGUGGAGUAGAGUGCUCUUUUUGGCCAUUUCUAGUGGUGGAUAAGUCUUAAUCGUGCGAGAUGCAGGACCCUUGUUGGCCAUUUCUAGUGGUGGAAUGAAGGCAUUUCUCGGUGCUAUGUGAGUACAGGUCUGCAUGGUAUCCCAUUAUUUCUUGUUGAUCUUUGUCAUAUCACCAAUACCUAAGAUUUGGAGGUGUUAUAGACUAGAAUACUCAUUAGAAUCCUUGAGAUGGGUGAUAUUUAGUGAAAUAUGACCGAUUUGAUCGAAAACAGGCCAAAAGUACAUGUUUCUGUCAAUCCCACCUUCAGAAAAUGAAUUUGCUUAAAAGUGAAUAAAACUGAAAAUUCUUGGAUAUUAACUUGAAACUAAUUCAAAUUAAUUCGAAUUUGAAGUUUCAAAUUUCGAAAUUUGAAAUUUCAAGACUCUGACACAUGCAUUCUGUGUGUCGAUUGAGCCUCAUGAUCUUGAAAUAAUGCUAAAUUUCGUCAUUUGAAACCAUUAUCUGAUGGUUGGUUGAGCUGGUUUGCAGUAUCUCUUAGUCCUUCACUGUACCAUUUCGUCCCUGAAACCCAUGGCAAUCUCCUCCUGAUCAUCGUAUUCUCAUGAUAAUCAGGAUUCUGAUGCUGGUAAUCAUGAUCAAGAAGAUUCUAGUCCUGAUCACUAGCUGGAUUGUCAUCCUGCUUGAUGUCGUUUUUAUCUUGCUUCUUGUCCCCACUGCUGUCCUCACCUAUUACUAGUGCAACUAUCUUCCCCCGAGCCACCAUCCUCCUCCCUUCUCUCCUCCUGUUAUUCGUCCUCCUGUUUCCCCUCGUCCUCGUUCCUUCCAUUGGGUGUUCCAUUGACACAAAAAUGUCCAGAUUGCGAUCACGUUGGGGCUUGGAGGCCAAGAAGAAGCGAAAAGUCCAAGAACCUAUGGAAACCGUAAUCCUAGAGUCGACACUGAUCAAGCUUGGUGGCUUGCUUGCAGUAGGGUUCGGUGUGGCUGGUGCAGAAAUCAUUGGGCAGAAUUUGUCGUUACGAGAAGGGGGACUCAGUGGAAAAUAAACCCGCGUGAGAGUGUGUGUGUGUGUGAUUCUUGUAGAAAGCAGGAGCGCUAAUCUAGAAUUUUCUAGCCGGAUGAGUUGGAGUCAGUCUCAGUUGCGGCUUGGUAGAAGUAGGGUCAAUUACGGCUUUCGUAGCUCAUUAGACAUCUCCUGAUCGUUGCGUGUCUGAUCAGAUUUUUAGGGUCCUGCUAAUUAUUGGAGACGCCGCCAGUGUGAAUGCCAUGGUGCCAGGUGUGAAAAUCGAGGCAAUAUUCGGCUUCUGCAACAUCUUAUGAGGACUGUAUAGUGCUACAGUUACCUUCCAGAAGCAGGAAGCAAAGAAUUGCUAUCCUGAAAAAGCUAAGUUUUUGAUGGGCAACACGCAGUACAUAUGGAUGCUGCAUAACAUGAUGAUAUUUUUGAUUACCCCUUUUGCAGCCCUAAACGCUGUGUUACCCUCUGGUGCCCCUGCUCCUCUAACGAAGCAUCACUUCAGUGAAGCAACGGAGAUCUUGGGUGACCGUAUCAUGAUUUACGUCAACCAAGUGGCGGAAGUAGUGCAUUCGCUGACGGAUAUGUUCGGCGGAAACGCGAACAAGAAUAUUGGCGAUGCGUUUCUAUUAGUGUGGAAGAUUGGUACUAUUUUGUUAAUAUGAUUGCUUGGUGCACUAGUACUAGAAGAUUCUUGCUACAACUAGAACUAGUUCCUUGCUUUUCUACAACUACCUAGUAUAAGUAUCUACUCGUUUGCAGCUAGUUGUUCUUAUUUGCAUGCCGCGCGGCAGCCUGCACUGAAAACUAUGCGAGAUUAAUUCUAUUGUAUUGUAUCUCGUUUUCACAUCUCCAAGCAGCUACCUUGCCCAAGGACAUAUCCGGUGAGCUAGAGGAAAACCCGAUAUCCAGGGAGCACCGUUUACGCCGCAUGCGGAUGUGUGACAUGUCUGUGGUUGCUUUCUGUUUCACAAUCUCGGCGAUCAACAAAUCCGCUAUUUUGGCAGAAUAUCGGUCACAUCCUGGUUUCCUGGCACGCUUCCCGAAUUACAGAGUUCAGAUUUAUGGAUCAUGUUAUAUAGUCACAGGCUUCCGUAGAGUUCGAGUUGGAUGUGGAUCACUAUGGUGAUAUGAUUCUCUUGCUCUUCUCUCCCUCCAGCGUCCUCUGCUUAGAAGCAGGACGAUGUAGUUGUGAGUGUCUGCUUGGAAGAGAUGGAGAUGCAAGCAGCCUAAUUGAUGUCCCAUCACGGUACUCACGAAAAAAAGAACAAGAAAAAUAUCUCAUCCCCGUCCUGCUUUCCGCUUUCAUACUAUGGGAUUUGGGCUGCACUUAGGAUACGCAAUCGAAGGAGCGAUCGGGAGUGAGUUCAAAAUCGAUGCCAGUUACCUCAGUCCAAAUGUCAACAUGGCAAGCAGACUCGAGUCGGCAUGCACGCAAUAUGGAGUGCAUUUGCUGGUAUCUAUGAUGUUCAUAUUUUGAAAAAACACUGUGUUGAGUUUCGCAACAAGAACAAAUUGUUUCAGUAUACUGAUAGUUCGUGAAGAAGCUGAAGGCACAUCAAAAGUAGAAGCCCUCUUGUACUUGACUUGCACCGUCCACAUCUGAAAUCUGUAAUGUUCCUCCUUCACGACCAUCAUCAUGUAGUGGAAAGCUAGUACAGCCUAUUUGUCAAAAGGUUAAGUGAGAGUGACUAGAUGAACUUCGAGUAACGUAAUCCAAUAUGAGUGAGUGCGUCCUCACUGGGCUGGUGAAUUAGAGUGUUACUCGAACUUGUCCCACCUCAUACCCAGAUGUCUCACUUCCUGCUGGAUCAAGCUAGUGGCGCACUCAGGGACGCCUGUCGUCAAAUCGACCGGGUCUACGUCAAGGGCAGUAAGAAGCCAGUCGGCCUCUACACCUGCGAUUUUACAGUCGGGGUGUUGCACUUAUGAAGAUAAGGGUGGUCUUCUACUUCUAGUCUGCACUGAACUUUGUGCGAUAUUAAUUGUAUUGUAUCAAUUUUUACUCUUUGAUGAUAGCGUCGACGUCCAGACAGUGGGGUCGUGAGGUGACCUUGCUAGAGAGUCGAAAGCAGCAGAAGGACGACUAACAUCCACGUAAGUACCAAGACUGUAAGUGCCAAGCCUGUAAGACUAUGUGGAUGCGGAGAAAAAUCUGAGGACAAGAAAGGAUUCCAUUCAGGAUGACACAAUCCAAUACUACCACUUCUAAUCCACGUACAAGACCUCAUGUCACACAUCGAUCAUAAGACGUUUACUGUGCGGCGAAAGUACGAGGUGCGACAAAUCCGAGAAUUGAAGAAACACAGGAAGUUAAGUCUCGUCAUGAUGUAAGUGUAAGACCUGGAUACGUUAAGGCUAGUCCUCAUGUAAGACAACGGGGAUGGUGGUGGUCUAAGACAAUGGCAACAGGGACAAUGGCAAGUUUUCUUUCGAUCCAAUCCUCUAGCAGGUGUCAUCAUCUAUCAAUCAUGUUACUUUUCUCAUAUACCACGAUCUAUCAUAUUAGGACUCCUUCAAGAGCCUUCGUUGUGGUUGACAUUGACCUGUAUCAUCACUCUUUUUAUCGUGUAGAUUGAGAAGAUGACGCUGCAGCUCUUACUCGUAGACUGUGGUGAUUCUGAGACUUUUGAAAGGGAUUGAAAGUGGACUAUCUGAAUUUGAAUUCAUUUAUUGGAUCAUAAAAAACCAUUUUUUCGAGGAUUCGUGAGAUUUUCAAUUUGAGGAGACCUGAAAUCUUAGAUAGCUCUUACCAUCACAAAUUUCGAAUCCUCGUGAUGAUGAUGAUGAUGAUGAGAAUUAUCAGCCUAGCAUCGUCAUUCUCAUACAAUGCUAGAACCUCAUCUUGUAGAAGAUUUCCUCCCUGUGAGCUUUAGGUCUAAUUACACCUUUCAGUAAGAAUCCUCUCAUCUUCCUAGUACCCCUUCCUUUCUCCUUUUCCCCUUUCAUCCCAUUGGGCAGACGAUUAUGAACCACAUCGAGAGCUGUUGGAAGAUCCGGAGAUCAUGCCAAUGCGAGAAGCCUUUUCCAAGGAGUUUUUCCAGAGGUUUGCGAUGGCAUUCCGCAACUACAUCGCAGGUGAGUGGCUUGUGGCUCGAGAGAUGCUACAACUCACAAAAACGAUGCUCAUCAUUAAGGCAAUCCUUGUUCAACAUUGCGCAUGUGAUGUAUUCGUGUGACCGUGAUGAAUAGCAGGAGGAUGCAGCAUAGCCUCAUGAUGACGAUGAUGAUUAAUAAAGGAGGUAUUUUUAAAAGUUACAGUCUACGAAGAGAACUUCCACCUUACGACUACAACUAUAACCUAAGUAUUCCUCUAACCCGACCCGCGACGCAGGGGCUAAGCGGGCCAGACUACUGACGGAUAUGCCGAGCGCGACUUUACUGCACUUCAUGGGGCAGCACAACUACAAAGCUCCUGCGGAUUGGGAUGGCUGCAGAAGUCUAACUUCGAAAUAAGAGAGUGUCUGAGUCUCUGAGUGUCUCCUUCUGUGUUGUCAUGUGUUAUUAACUCUCGUCUGAGUGUUUGUCCGUGUUGUCAUGUUGAUAUCGAAAAGGAUUAACUUAAUGAGAUUCGUUUCGAACAAUUGUUCGAAUAGAAGAAGAAGAUGAUAGUUCCUGAGAAGUGAUCACAGAAUAGAAGAUGAAUCUUUGCCAGGUUUUAACAGGUUUUGAACAAGUUUCAGUAUCAAUUAUUUCAGUGUCCAAAGCAUUAACUCAGUAUCAAAGACUAAGUAUUUUUGCCAGUAUGUUCACCAGGAGAUAGAAUCCUACAACGUAAUCCACGACGAGCUCGUUUCCCUAUCAAGAGAAGUAGCAGAAUAUUUAACACAGAAGUCUUUUUUGCUCUGAGUAGCAGUAGCACGAGUUCUAGAUCUAGAAGAAUCAGGCAUCGGCACGGCAGCACAGCGGAGUACAAAUUUGUCAAAGCUCAGGGAUAAAGUAGUUCAAUGAGUAAGUAGACAUAUCAACACUAUAUUCCUGUAGUUGUAGUCCUCGUCCAAGUAGGAGUAGUCUCAAAAAUUAAAUCUUCGCUCUGCCUGUGCCGUUGCCUAGUUCCGAAUAAAAUGCACCAAAGUCGAAGCUCGUCCUUUUUUUGCUGCAGAUUAGGUCCUGUCGUUCAUGUUUUUCUCGUGUAGGUUUGAUGUAUCCACUCGUCUGCAGAAGGAUGAAUGAGUGCAUAUUUCAUGAAACGCAUUAGUACAUACUGGACAUAAAGUCAUGCGUGUGCAUGGACAGUAGUAGCAGCAUAAUGUUUCUGUUUCAGCUUCGCUAAUUGUAUGCUAAAAUACGUUAGAGUUUAUCUAGGCAUAGGAUUGGUGAUUUUAUCAGUUUCAGUGGAAUAUUGAUCAAUGCGGAAGGCUGAGGCGAGAAUUUCUCUAAAUUUAUAUCUGCCCGCGUGUAAAUGAAUUUUUCAUCAUGAUCUACGUAUGAACUACAUCAAGAGUUCUUCUUAUUCAUGCAGUGCAUAUAACCUUUUCUAUCAGGCCCUAGUGUCGAUUCUGGAGUCAUAGAAGCAUGAAUGAAAUGAAAAGAAGCAAUUAUGGGGUCCACGGACGUAGAGGUGCGGCAGUAGCAGCUGCGGGGAGGUCGGUGCCCUGUGGAGGCAAUCUGACUGAUUGACUGAUAUGGGGAUAAAUUCGUAUUAAGUCUUAGAAGUAACUGUUGGGUUAACUACUACAACUACUAACUUACACCACAGAGCUUAGGGUUAGGUAUUUUUGCGAGUAGCUCGUUGGAAGAUCAAAGUUUCCAACCUGGACCUCAUGGAUUAAGAUCAACAAAAGGAAUCCAGCCUGGGUUGGAGGUUUCAUCCACUGCUUAGGAGCGAGCGUCAGGAGGUCUUCCGCCGACUCGCAAGGCAAAAGCGGACCCGUACCAUUGACGCUAGUAGAUAUUUCCUUCUUAAUAAAUAUUCUUUCGCAGUGACAGCGUUGAAGUUGAUCACUCUUCACGUUGUACUUCUAGUGUGAACGAAUUGGCAAUCUCAAAAAAAAAAGUUGUCGACGUGACGCUGCCUGACAGCGUCUUGCGGGAAUUCGAAGGCAUGCCCAUGGUCAUGGUGAAGAAGAUGUGGAAGAAGAUGAUGAAGUUUGCCGGCAGCGAUGAAGGGC